AUGAAACAAUUCUUAAUAUUAACUACACGUUACAUCAAGCGUUUUGAGGGACCUCGGAAAAACUUUCAAGAGCUAAGUAUAUUUACAUUUCAGGCAUUAUAUGCAUUUUGUCAAUUGACUAAUCGAACAGUUUCUGAAAGAUUAACUCAAUUCUUAUCAAAUCAGUAUGUUAGUACAACUGUUACACCUGAGAACUUAUUUCAAUCACAAAUUCAAACAUCUGUUCGCCAAUUCAAUUCAUCCAUCAUCAACGAUUUUGUUCGUUCGCUUGAUCUAAUAAAAAAUACAACUCAAAUCAAUGGCUUACACUCUGCACUAAUGACGAAUUAUGACUUUUAUAUGGCGAGUGGCACUACACAACUAUACAUGAAUUCAUGCAUUCAUUCCGAAUGUGAUUGCCACAUUUCACCAACGUGUGUCGAACCGCUUUCAAUUAUUAAUAAAUAUGGACACGUGCCGUUUUAUAUACCGGGGUUGUAUUAUGGAUGCUACAUUAUCGAAGCACUUCUUCAAUCGACUCUUGAAUGUUUUUAUAAUAAAACAUGUAUAGCUACAAUCCGGUAUAUUUAUUAUAAUAAUCUAAAUGUGAGUAUGAUAGCUCUUGAUUCAUCAUCAAAGACUAGAUACUCUGUCAAAUCAACAAUAAAAGAGCUUCUUGAUCAGCUAAUGAUUGAAGAAUGGAAUCCGUCAUGGAGCUAUGAAAACUACUAUAAUGAAUGUCAACCGAUAGAGUGUACUUAUAUUCAUGAGACAAAGAAUGGUAUAGUUUAUAUUAUUACAGCACUAUUUGGACUCGUUGGUGGUUUAAUCACUGUUUUGAAAAUUGUGGUGCCAAGACUAGUGAAAUUUAUUAGAUGGAUUAUUCGAAAAUGGAGAAAGAAAAUUACACCGCAGAUGUCGACUGUUGGAACAUGA